CCAUACCAAAUCUUUCAUUCUUCUUUCUCUUCGCUUGUCUUGUUUUCUAAAACGGCGGUUUCGUUUUGGCUGUUUUGCGAUUCUUGGAAGCGGUUUCGUACCGGCUAAGCAAGCUUGCUCGAGAGCUUCAGAGACGGGAAGCGGUUUUCAAGAUUAGCGGAUCUGGUCCUGUUGUACGCCUGUGAAGGUCGUGGGUUCAGCUCUGGGAUUAUCUUCUCGGCUUUUGCUAUUUUUUCAAUUUUAGUAGGGUUUGUGAAAACCAGUUAGGCCUGUUUUGGCGGUUUUCUGGCAUUCUGUACAGUUUGAAAGCCAGUUUUCCGAGAAACCGCUUUUGGUUCUGUUUGGUGGUUUUUCGAGGGUUUCAAAGACCUAUUGUGGCUCCGUUUGCUGGAUUAGUGUACAAAUUCGGAGGCUUGAGCUUCGGGAAGCUGCUCUUGGAUCUUUCUGGUGGUUUUGGAGCUUAUUGUUGUUGCGGAAAAGGUGUCCGCCGGUUUGAUUGAGGGCCUUGGUUUGGAAGGAAUUGCAGGAGAAGGUUUUGUAGUUUUUGGGAGGUUUAUUUGAAUUUUUAAGAGCUGGAGGACAUAAAUCAGGGAUUUUACUGCGGGGAUUUGUGGUGCAAAUCCAUGGCGUCUGAUCGUGCGGCUCCGGAGGAAGCCCAGCCAGAGAAACAGGUUGGAGAAAUGAUGCAGGAUUUAAAAAUCAAUCCUGGGACGGCUUCAAAAGAUGAAGUGAAAUCAGCAAAUGGAAAACAAGCACCUGCAUCGGAUGCGAGUCCAUCUGAGGCAACAUCCUCUGUGACCUCGUUGGGAGAUUCAGCUAGUACCAAAGGCAGUGAAGUUGAACAAGAAGGUAUGGUUGAACAGGGGCUAUACUAUCCACCUUCAAAUAAUUACUAUGGUGUUGUUUAUCCAGGCUAUGAAGUUGUGGGCAAUGAUUGGGAUGAACAUGGUGGGAUUGUUGGAGUGGAUGGCGUGGAGUAUCCUUAUGCGGGAAUUCAUGCUGAAAAUGGAUCUUUGUUGUACUACGUGCCUAGCUAUGGUUACACCCAGCCUGCAUAUAAUCCCUAUAAUCCCUAUAUCCCGGGUGCUGUCUAUGGCGUGGAUGGGCAAUUUCUAGCUCAUCAGCCUUAUUACCCUGGUCAUAUCUAUCAACAACCUUUUACACCUACAGCCUUUUUUCAGCCUCCUGUAGCAUAUGGAUCAGAAGUACCCCCACCAUUUCCUUGGGAUUCAGGUCUGGUAGUUGCAGCAAAUGGAAAUGGCGUGAAUGGAAACUCUGCAGCGGGUGUCCCAAGAACAAAUAACUCUGUUGCAUCGGUGCCUUAUUCAAAGGUGACUACAUCAGCUAGGAAAUCAGUUGCUGGUUUGGAUCCUAAAGGGCCAAUGCAUUCAUCUGAGGUACUGCAACCAUCAUCUGUUCCUGGAGGGCAACCUGCAUCCCAUUCCACAGGUCCUCAGAGUUUGAGACCCCUGGCCAAGAUUACACAGCACGGUUCAACUGUUUCAGCUGGAGUGGUACCAAAAGGUUUUGUCCAAAUAGGCAAAGUCGCAGGUAACCAAGGAAAGCCUAUCUUGUAUCCCAACCAUGUUGCAGAUGUCAAGGCCAAUGGUCAUGAAUGGAUUGGUGGUGGUGACAGACUAAAACUUAGGGGGAAAGUUCCUAGUGGGAACUUGGAUGCACUCAACGAACAGAACCGCGGUCCUCGUAUCAAUAAAACAAGAAAUCCGUGGGUGUCUGCUGUAGACACAAGUGACCAAGAGUCACUUGGAAAUGAUGGUUAUGGUCCAGUAGCUGGUAGGGAUCAAUACAACCUGGCAGAAUUUCCCACGAAAUAUGACAACGCUUCAUUCUUUGUAAUAAAAUCUUACAGCGAAGAUGAUGUCCAUAAGAGCAUAAAAUACAGUGUAUGGGCAAGCACCCCAAAUGGGAACAAGAGACUAGAUGGGGCAUACCAAACUGCUAAAGAGAGGUCUGGAGGAAAGCCUGGAAGCUGUCCAGUGUUCUUGUUUUUUUCGGUUAAUGCAAGUGGCCAGUUCUGUGGUGUGGCUGAGAUGACUGGCCCUGUGGAUUUUAACAAAAGCAUGCCCUUUUGGCAACAAGACAAGUGGAAUGGCUACUUCCCAGUUAAAUGGCAUAUCAUUAAAGAUAUUUCUAAUUCUCAGUUCCGCCAUAUCAUUCUGGAAAACAACGACAAUAAGCCUGUGACCAACAGCAGGGACACACAAGAGAUAAGAUUCUUGCAGGGUAUUGAGAUGCUAAAUAUUUUCAAGAAUUUCUCCUCAAAGACAUCUAUACUAGAUGAUUUUAUGUUUUAUGAAAGUAGGCAAAAGACCAUGCAGGAGAAGAAGAGAAUGCCGUAUCAGCAGGAGCCGCUACAGAUAUUAGGAAGAUAUGAUGCUGUUCAGAAGAAAGGAUCUGGUGAACAGCUGCCUAGAUCCGAGAAAGGAUCUGGGGAACAGCUGAAUAGAUCUGAUGGAGAAGUAAAACCUGGUGUGCACGCCGAACUUAAGGCUGUAAAUGGUAGUCAGGUUCCAGCAUCAACUGCGACAAAGCACACUAGCCCGGAACCAUCUGUUGUCACAAAAGACCGCACUGCUCUGGCCAAUGUAGUGGAUAUGGGAAAAGGUGAACCUGAAGGAACAGGAGAUGGAAGGAAUAAAAAAGAACAUAUGGGAAAAAGUGAACCAGAAGGAACAGGAGAGGGUAGGAAUAAAAAAGAAUAGCAAUGGAAGCUCGAGUGUUUUAAAAUCGGGUUCCAUAAUGCAGCUAGCAUAUAGACAGGUUUUUUUGCCUGUGGUGUACCCCUUGAUGGCACCUACAGAUGUCAAACCAGUUUUUUAGCCUUGAUAAAAUUGAUAUAGAUUAUGGUAACUCUACCAAAGUCACCUCAUCGAUUAUACCAGAGGGAUCAUUCAAUUGUGAGCCAAGUGUAUUAUAGAGGAAAGGACCUGCAAGAGAAUGGUUCCCUGGGAAGUCUUAAACGGUAGCUGAUGCAGUAAAAUACUAGGGACUGGUGGGAAUUUUUUGUGUGGUGUUUAUUAGAUUAUUCCGUUGGUCAUCAUUUGGAUCGGGGUUUUCCCCAGAUUGCCAUAUUUUGGGUUCUGAAAUGCCGAAGCUCUGCAGAUUGGAGACAACUAGUUGAAAAUUCUGCAAAAAGUUGAAAGAUGUUUUAGUACAGUAUUUUCAUGUACUCCAACAAAAGAGCGGUAGGCGUGGGGAGUGUUGUAUUUAUUUUAAGUCGGCCUGCAAAAGGUCUGAUUCAAAUGAAAAGCAUUUUGUGUUGUAAAAUUCUGCUGGCAUAGCUAGGUGAGUCCAAGAAACGUGCCAGCAGCAUUUGAAAAAGCAGCAGCAAUGAGAUUUAUUUAGCGAAAAUUCAAAAUUUACAAAGCGAAUUUAAUACCAUCCAAGUAAUUUCUUAUAA